AUGCUUGGAAGUCCGUUAAAUCUGCCCAAGUGGCUUGAGGAAAACUCCCACUUGUUGAAACCACCAAUCAAUAAUUAUUGCGUUUACAAUGAGCAUGUUACUGUGAUGAUUGUGGGCGGUCCAAAUGCGCGAACUGACUAUCACAUUAAUGAAACCGCGGAGUACUUUUUCCAACACAAAGGCGCAAUGAUUCUCAAAGUCGUCGAAGAUCACACUUCCUCUAAGCCGAAUUUCCGCGACAUUGUCAUUCGAGAAGGCGACAUGUUCCUCCUACCACCGAAUACCCCGCACAAUCCGGUUCGCUUUGCAAAUACUGUCGGGAUUGUGCUAGAGCAACCCAGACCAGAGGGAAGUUUGGAUCGGUUGAGGUGGUAUUGUAAGAGUUGCGGAGAGGUAGUGGACGAGGCUGCUUUCCAUUGUACCGACUUAGGAAGUCAAAUCAAGGAGGCAGUAAACGGGUUCAAGGAAAGCGAACAGAGGAGGAAGUGCAGCAAGUGCGGAACGAUGGCCGAGAGCGCACCACUGCCUGGGGAAAUAAAAGAUCCAAACUUGGAAUAA